AGAAAGAGAUCCUUUGGCGGCGGAAGUUUAUAUUUUUCUAUAAUUCCUAUGCAAAGAUGUACCUAGUUAUUGUGGAUGACUCCUGUAGUUGUGUGUAAUUAAAAGAGUCUACAUAAACAUGAAUUGACUCAGGAAUCCUGCAUUAGAUAUCAGAGUCAUAUUUACUAAUAUCAGAGUUAAUAGUAGGCUACAUUGUAAACGGUAAGCAGUCAAUAAUGAGCAUCACUUUGGAUAUACGUCUCAAAAGAGCCAACAAAGUUUACCAUGAAGGGGAGGUCCUUGCGGGUGUGGUAGUGCUGGCCAGCAAAGAGGCGGUCCAACACCAGGGCAUCUCCCUCACCAUGGAGGGCGUGGUCAACCUCCAGCUCAGCUCCAAGAGCGUGGGCGUCUUCGAGGCCUUCUACAACUCUGUCAAGCCCAUUCAACUGAUCAACUCCAACAUCGAGGUGGCAAAAGCUGGCAGGAUUCCCGGAGGCAAGACGGAGAUCCCCUUUGAGUUCCCCCUGAGUACCAAGGGUAACAAGGUUCUGUACGAGACAUACCACGGCGUGUUUGUCAACAUUCAGUACAUCCUGCGCUGCGACAUGAAACGCUCGCUGCUGGCCAAAGACUUGAGCCGAACGUUUGAGUUCAUGGUGCAUUGCCAGCCACAGAAAGCCAAGUUGGUGGCCAUGCCUGUAGACUUCACCAUCACCCCAGAGACCCUGCAGAACGUUCAGGAGAGGAGUCUGCUGCCUCGGUUCCUGAUCAGGGGUCACCUGAACGCCACCAACUGUGUGAUCACCGAGCCGCUCACUGGGGAGCUGAUGGUGGAGAACUCGCAGGUGGCCAUCAAGAGCAUCGAGCUGCAGCUGGUCCGAGUGGAGACCUGCGGCUGCGCUGAAGGGUACGCGCGAGACGCCACAGAGAUCCAGAACAUCCAGAUUGCGGAGGGCGACGUCUGCCACGGACUGUCCAUCCCCAUCUACAUGGUAUUCCCCCGGCUCUUCACCUGUCCAACCCUGGAGACCACGAACUUCAAAGUGGAAUUUGAGGUCAACGUGGUGAUCGUCCUCCAUGACGACCACCUGAUUACUGAGAACUUUCCACUGAAGUUGUGCAGAGUUUGACAUGCAAAUCUUUCUGCCGAUGAGACCUGCCUGGCUUCAGAUAAAAGGACCAAUGCAUCAGUCAUUAAUGCUUUGGACAUGUCACCCAAUCAACUCUGGAUUUGUCCUGUUAUCUUCAAUAUAACAUGUUUCAACAUUUUGUUUAAUAAAUGAUAACUUAAAAGCAUUAAUGUAUACAACAAAAUUAUUUAAUGGUUAUAUACUUGGAAUGUGUAUUGCAUACCUUUCUGUCAGUUAUUAGCUAUGUGCCCAUGAAAUAUAACAUGAGCCUACUUAAAGUUCCUAGAUGGUGAUUUCGCUAGGCAAUCUUCUUUGAAGGAAUGUACCGCUGUUUAUUCAAUAUUUGCCGCACAGGCAUGUUUGACUCGGAAACAUUGAGGAACAAUUUCGAUAAAUCAGAUUAAAAGAAUAAAAUAAAGCAAUGUAGAAUCGAUUUCUAAAACUGCAGUGUUGUAAGAAAAUAAUAAGCAAAACCAUGGUUAGGCAAGACGAUACGCUUGAUU